GUCCAGGCAGUCAGUCCAACUUUCGCCUCCAACCCAUUCACACACACGUCCAACGACUCUGCUUUCCAUCCUCUAAACUGAACGGCAAAACUCUCUCCCUUGUGAGGCCAAAGUUUCCUCUCUCCUCCUCCCCCCAAAAAAAUAAACGAGCCCCCUUCUGCAUAAUAUUUGGACCAGGUCGUCGUAGUUCACAUGCGAUAGAAAACUUUGCAGUGAUUCCAAAAAAGAAGCUAUUCUUAGAAAAAUAUCAAAUAUUCGCCUCGUCUCUGAGUGAUUGUGCUGUCAGCAUAUUGUUAUCCCAGUGUUUGCCUCGUCCACAAUAAAGUGCAGACAAUAAACACAUGUUAAAGAAUCAUUGUUCUGAAGGGUCAGUACAAAUGUACAUGAAUCAUCAUUUACUCACUGAACGUACAUAUUUUUAUAACGCUGGGUGAAAACUUGCCUGUCACAUGUACAGGAUUUUGCGAAGGGUCGACUAUUUUCAAAAGAAGUAGUACAGCUCGAUCUUUAUGAUACGGACCAAUGCAAAUCAGCUUUCACCUGACAGCCAUCCAGACGUUAACUUUUAUUAACAAGUAAUUCUCGAAUGUUAUCCUUAAAUGAAGCUGUGAUCAGGUUUGAGGGAGGACAUUUCUGUUCCGUGCUGCUGAUUGUUGUAGUGGGCGAUGGGAGAAGGUCAAGGGCAAACCUUUGAAGUGUCCCUGUCUCCAUGCAAAAUUUGAAAUGAAACUCAACCAGUCCGAUUCUCAGAGGUAAAAGUCAGUCCCUCUCAAGGGAUGAGGGAUGAAGAAUGGAUGAGGGGACAAAGGGAAGCAUCACGCCGACGUCGACGGUGGCGGCGGCGGCAACAAAACGUACAAAGUUUCGACGAACAGGUGGAUCCAAGAAUGCUUCUUCCUGGUCCUCCUCGGCUGGCUCGAGCUCGGCCACCACCACGACCCAUCACCACGCCGCCCUGAUUGCCUCCCUACUCGCUGACCUCUCCUCUGAGGUCAUCUUUGAGGACGAGCGACAACUUCACCCCGGUCUCCCCAUCCGCGCCGCCUCCAUCCGCGCCCUCGUUCGCCUCUGUGUUCAGUCAUUCAAUGCCAAGGGGGAGGUUCGAGAGGACCUGUCGACGUUUCCCCGCACUCUGUUCCUCAUGCACCAGUGGUUCACGUCGUCACCCCAGCUCGCCUUCCUCUUGAUCUCGAGUUGGGAGGGGGCGGGGGUCGUGGCGCCAUGCUGCGACCCCCACUGCACUCAUUUCAUGCUCACCCCCUCCGCCUCCUCUGAGUCAUCCUCUUCAAACUCUUCCGCCCACUCCUACGCUCCCCCAACUUCCCACCCGCCCUGCAGGACCCUCAGGUUUCGAGCUCAAGUCAUAUUCGCCCUCAGAUUUUGGAUACGGACCUUCCCGAUGCAUUUUGGGCUUGAUGAGCGGUUGCAGCAGAGCGUGGAGGGUUUUCGAGGCCGGUUAGAGCCAUGCGACUCUGCCCUGCUCGACCUCUCGACGCUCCCCAACUAUGACUGGAUUCGGAACGUGUCGAUGCGAGAGGUGGAGGGGGCACGACCCUCCAGAAAAGUCUCCCUCGUUUUCAACCACCUCGAACCCAACGAGCUCGCACUCCAUCUCACUUUCCUCGAGCACAAGAUCAUCCGUCGCAUCACGUUUGAGGACUUGAAGAGCUACGCCGAGAGUGGAACGCUGGAAGAAGUUCCCAAGUUGGAGCGGUCCGUUGCUGUUUUCAACGGACUGAGCCAGUGGAUCCAGUGUGUCGUUCUCAGCAGACCCACUCCUGCUCAAAGGGCCGAUGUCAUCGUCAAGUUUGUCCACGUCGCUCAGAACUUACGGAAGCUGCAGAACUUCAACUCAUUGAUGGGUGUGGUUGGGAGUCUUAGUCACAGUGCCUUAGCUCGGCUGACCAAAACGAUGGAUUGUGUUCCCGUGGAGGAGCGGAAGGUGUUGAAGGAGCUGACCGCCCUGGUGUCCUCCUCCUCAAACUUCUCCGCCUACCGAAAAGCUCUCACCGAAGGAAAGGGAUUCAAAAUACCCAUUUUAGGCGUUCAUCUCAAGGAUCUCAUCUCUCUACACACCGCACUCCCAGAUUACGUCGAGGGAGGCUUGAUCAAUUUUCGAAAACUGGCUCAGCUCGCCGGCAUUUUCACAGAGUUGGACAACCUAGCUCAAUCCAUGCCACCUGCUCAGGCCAACGUGGAUCUUCUCAACACGCUCCGGGCGUCCCUGGACCUGGCAUACUCGGAAGACGAAAUCUACGAACUUUCACUUUCAAGGGAGCCCAAAACUUCGGUCUCUCCCACCCGCUCCCCCGGCCUGGGGGAUGGGACGGGCAGUUACGAGAAGCAGCUGCAGACCAUGGUGGACGCCGUUUUUCGCAACUAUGACUCCAACCACGAUGGAUUCAUCAGCAAGGAAGAGUUCCAACAGAUUUGUACCAAUCAUCCAGCCAUCGACGCCUUCUUCGUCCUGGACGAGAACAGGGACGGAAAGAUUAGCAAGUUGGAGCUCGAGCGCUACCUCCGCAACAAGAAGAACGCAGGAUCUCGGCACAACUUUCAUGAGCAGACCUAUUUCAAGCCAACAUUUUGCAUCCAUUGUUCCGGACUGUUGUGGGGUCUCAUCCGACAAGGGUACAAGUGUCGAAAUUGUGGCGUCAAUGCUCACAAGUACUGCAAAGAAUACAUGCUACACGAAUGCAAGAUGGGUUCCUUGCUCUACUUUCCCUCACCAGAACCCCACUCAAAACGGAGAGGUUUCCGGAUACGCAAAAAGUCGAGUAGUCAGUCCGAGUCGGGUUCCCCACCAAGUCCCAAAUUAUUCAACUCCUUGGAACAGUUGUCUCUCUCCGUGGAGUCCACCGACCUUCCCCACAGCCAUCACAGCAGUGACCACUCCCUCAAAGCCAUGACGUCGACCGUAUCCACGCCUCGGCGUCUGAGCUCCGUGCUGAAUCCCUCGUCCUCCCGCCGACCCUCGACUUCUGUUCCUUCCAGCCCCAAACUCGGCUUCUCCCUCCCCCUCUGGGCCCCCUGCAAGUCUCUCUUCCAUCCACCCACCUCGCCUGGAGGGGCGACGUCCUUGCCACAACCCUCCAACAUCACGACGACCAACUCUCAACCUCCUCAUCAUCACCCCGCCGCCGCCUCGUCCUUCGUGUACAGGGCGGGACAAGGUCUGGGAAAGUUAUUUGGGAGUCCCAGCUCCAGCCCUCAGUUGUCCAAGGGGCGAAAAGCGGUCGUUCCAUCACAUCCACCUCCGUCCUCCUCGGCUGCAGAUGCUACGAGCAUACCACCAAAAACGCCGCACUCGCAAAAUCCGUCAAAUCAGCAGCAGCAGCAACAACAGCGACAACACAUUGGUGGAGUCCACUGAAUUUAAUAUUUUAAUACGCGAAUUGAAUAUUAAGCAAGGAACACUGACCAAGAUAUUUUUGAAAUUUUCCACAACGAUGACAAAUCUUCCAAUAAAUAACAGACUGCGUCCACACCAUUUAGAUUGAUCAGGAGAUCGUAUAUUUCCAAAAUCCCAAUCGACUUGUACUCAAAUGAACAAGCAUAGACUAUACGCAUUAAAUCUCUAAAUUAAUAAUCACAACUUUACACAUAAUAAAGAAACUCGAGCAAAUAUCAAUACCGUGGAGCUUCGUCUUACAACAUAUUCCAAAACAUGUAUGUAUAUGAAAGAAUCAUAUGACCAAGAAGUAUGUACACACUUAAUAUGUAUGUAAAAUUCUCUUUUUUAUAAAACAAUUUUGAUUUCUACGUAAAAACCGUUCGGUGUGGACAUCGAUGUUUGACGAUUUCUCAAUACGAUAAUAAAUUACAUGUUUAAAUAUUGAAUAUCACUAGUAAAAACGUUACUGGAAGUGGAAAUAAUAGGGUGGGAAAGUAGAGAAGCAUUUAUAUAAAUUCGAUACACAGAGACGUAUAUCAUUAAACCCUAGAUUUUAGAUACCAAGUAUUAGCUUUAUAUAAACUUUGUAAGUAACAUCUUAUUCACUGGGUAGAUUUAUAUACUAAUUUUAAUUUACUGCAGCUAGAAAGCUAGACCGAUUUGUCGAUCUUGAUGCCAAUUUGUCAAUGCGGCUGGCUCUGUGUUGCAAAUGCCAUCUUUUUAAAUCUACUAAAUAUUUAAUUAUUAGUAAUAAUUUAUUACUGACUGUGAGUGACUGUUACCAAACUACUACACAGAAUGCAUUUAUGUAAUAUGUUUGAGUUACAUGCAGUUGUAUGACGCGUGGCCAAAGAAUCUUUUGGUAUGGGAUAUUACAGUUCUCAAUGUACUAGUUUGGCAUUUUUGUCCAGUUUACGUUCAAACUUAUGCAAAGUAAAUAUAUGCAUUAUAAUUUUUCCAUGUUUUUUUUUAACAAGUCUUUGGUGAUGCACUAGUUUUUAUGAUUACAUGUCGCAAUUCUAAUCCUAUUCUAUUUGAGAGUCGAGCUGUGGUGAUUAUAUCACUUCCAUAAGAUGAUGAGAGAUUAUUAUACAUCUAUGUUACUUAAUUAUUAAUGUAAUACGAAAUCUCUAAUUAAAUCCGAUAGUCCCUAAGUAAUAAAGGGAUAAAGGUAUUCAUUGGUUUUAUGCCUUGUGUUGGUUAUUAUAAUUAAUUAUGUGCAUACAUAAGUAUCAUGUGUGCGUGAGUAUCCUUAAUGUGAGUACAUGCAACUUUAUCUCUGGACAACAAUUAAAAACAUUUGAUUGUACUAUGCAGAUACCACGGGCCAAACAAUGUAAAACAAGUUCCAAAUUAUGGUAAAGUCUCGUGUUUGGCCAUCAAACUUAUGACUUCUUAAUCGUGCAUAAAGAAUGUGAUCGAUUGGGGGAGUGGGCGCAAAAUGUAAUAUGCUAAUUGAUAACCAGGUAAGAGAUAGUACAUCUCCCCUGUCUCAUCUUUACUGAUUUAUAGCGCAUACGGGUACCCCAGGGGAUCGAAACUCCCGAAAAUCGAUCGCAGACAGACUUUGUGUCAUCACUUCCCUUCCUUUACAUGAAUAACAGGUGAAGAUGCGUGCGAGUUUAGCUGAUAUUUUGAUUAAUUAAUUAUUAAUGAAUUAAAGUGACUAAAAUGUUAAAUAUGAGGUUUGAUAAUAAAAAACCAACCAAAAAAUUAAA